AAGCUUGCAUAAAUUUAGGACUGGAAUAUAAUUUGAAGUCUUGUGAGUGAGCCGAAACGAUGAAAGCAAAAGCAAGUAAUGAGGCGGUAGAAAAAAUCGGAUGAGGGCGGCAGUCAUGCCAAAAGAGGAACCACAAAUGAUGUCCUCCCAAAAAUGUGGGGCUUUCCAGUCCAGCAGCACAGCAAGCCCACCUUCGUUCCGCCGUUGGGUUUCGUAACCACAAGCGAAAACAAGUGGAACAAGAAAGCCGGAGCCAUACUUGUGCUUCUCGUCCCGCCUCGUCGAUAAUGGAGGGUGAUUCGCCCGCGGUCGGAGGCGGCGCCGAGUCCAGCCAGUCGCCCGACAAGAUCAGCCGCGGAAAGACACGAGUCAUGAGUGGCAAGCAGCGGCACCCAACGGACCCGACGAAAAAGGAAGAGGCAGCGAGCAAGGUGGAGGACAGCAUGUUUCUCACCCCCGGUGGCAUCAAUGAAGUGUUUAAGAACCCUGCGCACCGCCGGGACCAAUCACUUCUCGACCGACUGGUAGAAGCGCUCAAAAAGAUGGUGGUGGAGCGCUUCCGGAGCUUGGAGCAGGCCUUCUACCAAUUUGCCGAGAAGGGUUUCCUCACCCAAGCGCAUCUGGACAAAAUGGUGAAGGCGGUCAAAAUCCAAGUCGGUAUUCGUUUACUUAUCAUUUUUGUGGCCGAUAUAUGAACAUUGGGAUCCGCCAAGGGACUCUUGUCCGCGCUGAGGCACGUUUGAAUUUGAUAUUUAGCUCUCACCAACCUUCGUCGAGAUUUUGCUUUCUGCUGUCUGGUAAGUAGCCAAGUUGCGACUGGCAUUUUGUGAUAUCUAUUUCUCGUCAGACGGACGCGUGGUGCGUGCAAUCCACGAUAGGAUGGUAAACCCGGACACGAAAGUGGUGGGAUUUCUAGAGUUUCAGACGGUUAUGAUGGACAUGACUCUGCGGAAACUGAAAGGCCAGCUCCAAACGUACACGAGGAAUCAUCGCCGUGUGCGAGCGAAGAUAACGGCUUUCGUGCGGUCCCUGGUCUUUCAAAACACCGAAACAAUGUCUGCGGCGGUUACCCGUUUCCAGUCAAAAUUGACCCUCAACUUUGCCGCGCGGCUUUGGAACUCGAUACGACGAAAGAUAUCCGACUCGAACAAUCUCAGCAUGUCGCAAUGUAUUGAUUCUUCCUUGAAGUUUAAGGGAUUUGGUUUUUACAUACAAAGUUUAGCUCGAAGAUCGACUCCAUUCGUCACUGUCCCUUCUGAAGCAAUUCUGCUCCAUGCAGUAAAACAAUUCCGCACUCAUUCACUACAGUUUUGGGCCAUAUCCGCUCGUGGAAGCAGUUUUUCCACGAAUACGAGUACGAAUUUUUCGGCGAAAUUUUCAAGAGGCUGGAUAGGCAACAGAGUAACAGCGUGGAUGUAUUCCACAUGAUGCUGGCCCUGGUUUUUUUGAGUCCCGAGACGAACAAAAAGGUACUAUCGAUGCGGACUUUGUUUUCGGCGCGAAGAAGAGUUUCUCACUAGGAGGAUUUUGUUUUAUCAAUUUGUUCAGUUUCAUUGUGCAUUUUUCCUGCAGACGCUCGAACACAAAUAUGUUCAGGUUCGGUUUGAGACUGUGUUUCGGGUAUUUGACACGGACGACGACGGUUGUCUUACGACGGACCAAAUUUUGAAGCUGUACCAGACCAUCCGCACGCUGAUUCCUGUUCUCGCCAACGACGAGGUCACAGCCGCGGCGAACACUUUCUUCAACGACGAACUGGGCACGCAAGAAGGCCGCCGGUUGUUUGACUUCACCAUGGACCUGUACAAAAGUACGUCCAGCAAUUUGCUGACGUGGGAUGAGCUGUGGUCCCUGUUCGACUACUCAACCUACCUGAAGGAUAACCUCAUCCCCGGGCUGCACCAACUCAAUUGGGUACUGCUGCUUGAUGAAACUGUAACCAACAUUACCAUUGUACCUUCAGCAGGAGUGAAGCAACAAAAUUUGAAUUGACUGUUGCCACAGAUGACGCCCAUGCGCAUGUGUCCAUGGCAUGAAAAAUAUGGUAGCGUACUGCCAUGCUUAGUCAAAUGAUGUGCCGAUGCAGGUGCUGAGCGAAGACGUGGUGAGCAAUAAACAGAAAGCCAAGGGCGACGGCGGUGGUGCGGAAGCGAAAACGGACAUGAAACAGCAGCUUGCGAGGUCACAGUCUGAGGCGCAUCUGUGGUCGGCCGGAGUGAAGCAAGGGUAAGUAAACGUAUGCGCACGAGCAAGGAAGAUUCUCUCUGUCUCUAUUCAUUAUCCUGCCUCCUUUGCCUGCUCUUCAAGCUCAUUUUUUUUUUCGAAAGAACCAGAAAGGUUUUCCUCUUCGGAACCAAAACAGGUAUUGUGCUGCGCUUCGGGGCGAGUGGAAGUACGUUCCACGCACACUUUAUCCUCGUGAACUAGGUGAGUCCGCACCUCAGGAACAGGGUUGUCAUAUUCGAAGUACUUACUGAUGCGAACAAGACCAGCUAUUUCAAAGCGCACCCGACUCAUCUAGGAAAAGGUUGCAACGGGCAUAAGUAUCUAAGCGCACCCGAUUCCUUCGAUAGGAAAAGCUUGCAACGCUGUUUUUCCCUGAGGUGCGGAUACUUUUCAUCACGACAUAGAAGCCCAAAUUGACAGCCAGGAAUAUCUCUUUUGGAAUCCCGGGACCGGGCGCGAUAACCGGGGCACCAGCGGAAUUGCGCUUGGGAAGCCGGGUAGCGCAUUGGCCGCGCUGGCAGUCGGCAGUAAGGGAGCUGCUUCCUCCACGUCAAGACAGGAAGAAUCAACCACCCCGGAGGCCGAUGCGGAGGGAGAGCCGGCGACCAAGCAAAAGUUCCAGAAACUGCGGCAGUCUGUGUCUGAUACCAUGUUUGACCAGACCGCGAGCGUUCCGAAGGUCCACUCCAAGGCCUGGGGCCGCGAGGCCAUGUUGCGGUUUCACCUCUAUUCGCUUGCGAAAGCAAAGAAGAAGCAGGGCGAGGGGGAGCUCCGAGAAGAUAUCGGGGCGGACAAAAGUGCAUUGGACAAGGCGCUAGCUUCUGCUUUCUGAGUACUAAGGGGAAAAGUUCAAGAAUAAGAAUUUCAACAAAAAAAUCAUCACUGGCCCUUGAGCAAUCCCAGAGCCGGGCGCCCGGUUGCUGGUUGCGGGGCAGGAUUGCUGGAAGGCCGAGCGGCGGAAGGGCACACCAGCAGGCCCUGUCGGUCCAGAAACCGGAGCACCCCGUCGAUUCCGCAGGCGAGCCUGUUCCUGAUGGCAGUUCAGUGAAAACACAAGAAAAGCCUCUCCGGCGCCCGACGUCUUGCCUCCUUCUCCCCUAAUGAAGGCAUGACCCUCCACGCACUGAACUAGUUAACUUCUCUCGGUCUACUUGAGCCAGUCUUUUUAACAUGAAGAGCCUUCAUCAUUCACAGAAAACAGACUUACUUAGGCGCCGGCUUUGGCGCUCUACUUUCUUGUAGGUCUACAGGGGCUGCUGAAUGAAUAUGAAAUAUAGGACCCGAGGCUGCUGAAGUGCAGCUCAUGAAGGAGUGGCCCCACAAAGAUAUAGAAAAGGCCUCCGACACAGGUAGCAUUUAGCUUCUGCGCUUUACAACUAUGAGACACCAGCUUGGCCGUUAUCUAAAAUCUCAAGAAUACCAACAAGGGGGACCUCCCAAAGGGGUCCCUAAAUCCGUAUUCUUGAGAUUUUAGAUUACGGCCAAAUCGAGGGAAUCAGGUGCGUCUAAAAUCUCAAGAAUACCAACAAGGGGGUCCGCCCAAGACACCUCCCCGAACAGGGGUUUUCGGGGAGGUGUCUUGGUUUGGGGCUCUUUUCGCACCCCCAUCCGAUCAGCCAAAUCGACCGACUCAGGUGCAUCUAAAAUCUCAAGAAUACCAGAAAGGGGGUCGCCAAGUGGCCAACUCAGGUGCGUCUAAAAUCUGAAGAAUGCCAAAAAGUGGGCAACUUUGGUGCCCGCGCAGAAGUUCGUCGGAAUCGGCACAACUUCCGGGCCCCUGCCAAACGUCCGAGGUGAACUCCCUUAGUGUGUGGCGAUUAGUGCUUUACUUUGUGGAGGUUAGUAGUUUACUGCGUCCGAUGUCCCGUUCGGGCGCAGGAAGGCCUCCUCCGCUACAGUGCCAUAGCAGGACCUUUCUGAAAGCAGCCCGACCGAAUGAGUUGCGCGGCCUUUGCUAUCCGCCCCCUGUUAGUGUGUGUUUUCCAAAAAUGGGAUGAGUGGCGUUUGCAAAUAAAACAGCACGCAGCUACGCUGUGAACUGACCGCGACGAGUCGCGUAUUGAUUUUUUUGUCAGUUUUCUUAUUCUUGAACUUUUCCCCUUAGUACUGAGGAACGCAUCGGGGCGGACAAAAGUGCAUUGGACAAGGCGCUAGCUUCUGCUUUCUG